AUGACUGUGUAAUGGUGUGUGGAUUUCUUUGAGGACGUUUCUAGGACAUGGCGAGUGAUGCAAGCACCCUCUCCUGGAAGGUACCCGCUCAGGACUGGGAUGGGGGCAUCAAAAGCCCUGACCUGGGUCCUGUUGGAGAUGGCGGCCCCGUGAAGAUCAUUAAAGUUUGCUUCAGUAGCAGCAACAACCUUAGCAAGAACUUCAAACUGGUCAAAUGUGACAGCUCAUGGCAGAUCAAGACUAUUAUCCAGUCUAUUCUGAUCAGUGGGCGUUUGGGCCCGAAUGUGCAGAACCCGGGCUGCUUUGGCCUGAGGCUCAAACACCUCAAAUCUGAGGAGCUUCACUGGCUGCACCCAGACCUGACUGUAGGCGAGGUGGAGCAGCGCUAUGAGAGCCAUCACGCCGAGGCAGAGUGGAGGUAUGACCUCAGAAUCCGCUACAUUCCCAUUGAUUAUAUGAAGAGGUUAAGAGAAGACAGAACGUUCCUGUUGUAUUUCUAUCAACAGGUGCGCAGUGACUACAUGCAGCAUCAUGCUAGCAAAGUUAGUGACGGCAUGGCUCUACAGUUGGGCUGUUUGGAAAUCAGGAGAUUUUAUAAAGACAUGAAUGCCAAAGGUCUAGAGAAAAAGUCCAAUUUUGACCUGCUCGAAAAAGACGUUGGUCUUGACCUGUUCUUUCCCAAAGGACUCAUUGACAGUAUGAAGCAAAGGCAGCUCAGAAAACUCAUACAACAGACAUUUCAGCAGUAUGCCAUACUAAAAGAGGAUGACUGUAUGGUUAAGUUCUUUGAGACCUAUGGAGAGUUCUCCAACUUCGAUGAGGAAAUAUUCCCUUGCGAGCUAGUGCAAGGUUGGAGUUUAGCAGUGGAUUUAGUCAUUGGUCCUAAAGGCAUUCGUCAGAGAACCAAAGCAGACUCCACGGCUCUCUGCCUUGCUGAAUACAAACAAAUCCGAAGUAUCAAGUACAAUGCACAGAAUGAUGGCAGAACAUUGUUAUUUAUUGAAAUCGACGGUGCAAAACAGCCUCUGUCUGUCAGCGUGGCAUCUCUGACCAUUGCGGAGAACAUGGCGGAUCUGAUUGAUGGCUACUGUCGACUGUUUAAUCACACAGACUCAUCAGUGAUAGCUGGACCAAAUAAAAAUAAAUCUCAAGGUGUGCAGUUGCGCAACUCUCUUCCUGAAAUUCCCUCCGGGAAGAAGACAGACAGCUUCAGAUAUAGCAACUCUGAUAUAUACUGUGAAAUCCCAGAUGAAAAACCGCCCCCACCUGCAAAGGUUGGACUGUCCAGGAAAGAUAUUAGCCUGAAACGGAUGCUGGGUGAAGGGUUCUUCGGGGAGGUUCAUGAAGGAGUUUACCAAAAAAAGAAUGGAGAAAAGGUCAAUGUUGCGGUGAAGACUUGUAAAGAGUGUGCGCCUGACAUCAGAGAGAAGUUUGUGGGUGAAGCAGUUAUCAUGAAGAACCUGGACCAUCCACACAUAGUGCGGCUGAUAGGAGUCAUUGAGGAAGACCCUGUAUGGAUCGUGAUGGAGCUCUGUCAACAAGGGGAGCUGGGGAAGUACUUGACGAAAAAUCAGCAGAGUUUAACCAGCGUGACUCUGGUUCUCUUUAGCCUACAGCUCUGCAAAGCAUUGGUUUACCUACAGGGAAUGAACAUGGUUCAUCGAGACAUCGCUGUGCGAAAUGUGCUUGUUGCCACACCGGAGUGUGUGAAGCUGGGUGACUUCGGUCUUUCCAGAUACAUAGAGGAUGAAGAAUAUUACAAAGCAUCUGUUACUCGUUUACCAAUCAAAUGGAUGGCUCCUGAAUCCAUUAACUUCAGACGCUUCACUGCGGCAAGUGAUGUGUGGAUGUUUGCUGUGUGUGUUUGGGAGAUUAUGAAUCGAGGUAAACAGCCGUUUCACUGGCUGGACAACCGUGAUGUGAUAAACCAACUGGAACAGGGCAACAGGCUGCCCAAACCUGAGCAGUGCCCUCCUGCCCUGUAUUCGCUCAUGACCCGCUGCUGGAGCUACGACCCGCGCGAGAGACCCACCUUCACUGAACUAGCCUGCAAUAUCAGUGAUGUUCACCAAAUGGAGAAGGAGUUGGAAGCUGAGAGAGAGCGAGACAAGGCUCGUAACAUCCGGACUCUGGAGCCCAAGAUUAACAUUAGUGAACCUCCACCAAAGCCCUCCAGAGUCAACACUACCCGCUUUGGAAAUACUCUUGGAGUCGGCCUACAUCUUCAGCUUAAUGAGGCUUUAUGUGCAAGUUCACCAGAUCUGGCCAGUCCGUGUGAUUAUCAGUCACCUGUGGACUCAACUAACCUCCUGUCCCUCCCGAAGACUCCAAACCGGCGACUAAGUCUUGGGGAGGGCGACUUCAGCUUCGGGCCGUCCAGUAAAGAAGAUGCUCAGCGGCUGUGGCAGAUGGAGAAGGAUCGAUUACAGGACACGCUGAAGAUGCAAAAAGAGCAAAUGGAGGAGGACACCAAAUGGUUAAAGAAGGAGGAGAAGCUUCUAGACCCAAUGGUUCAUGAAGGAAGUAAAAUUCCUGAGCCACCUGAACCACCACUCAGCUAUGCUGAACUCCAUCAUCCUCCUUCAAAACCACCCAGAAUAGCAGUGCAGCCUGCACCUACAGCUGAACUGGACCGCUCAGAGGACACCGUGUACCAGUGUGUCAUGGACGUAGUCAAGGUGGUGGUGCAGCUGAAAAAUGACAUUAACACACUGUCGUCUACUGAGUACAUCUCUCCUGUCAAGACUGUCGGGCUGUCAUUACGAGAUCUGAUCAACAGUGUGGAUGACAUACUACCAACUCUGCACAUUUCUUGUAGAACAGAGAUCGAAGGCACUCAGAAGCUGUUAAAUAAAGACUUGGCUGAGCUCAUCAGUAAGAUGCGUCUUGCCCAGCAGAACGCCAUCACCUCGCUGAAGGAGGAGUGCAAGAAACAGAUGCUGACAGCGGCACACACUUUGGCCAUGGAUGCCAAGAACCUGUUAGAUGCUGUAGAUCAGGCUCGGGUGCGCUCUAAUCUGGCCAAACCCAAGCCUGAUGAUCCAGACUCACCAGCAGACUAGAGGAGCUGAUUCAGAGCUGAGUGCAGGACAAACUUACUCAUUUGUUUGAUAAGAUUGUAAUGCAGUAAUAGGGCAAUGCCAACACCAGAAUGGGGCAUGAAACAGCCAAUAGAAAACCAGUAUAGGUUUACUGAUGCAUGUUCUGUUCUCCAUGGAAACUUUUAUAAUGUAGAGAUCCAAGUAAAGCCGAUGGGUAUUCCAAAAAGUAAAGUUAAAGGGUUAGUUCACUCAAAAAUGUAAAUUAUUUUGUUAAUUUCUAUUCAUUUUCUUUUUCUUUUUUGGGUAAACUAACCAUUUAACUUACUGUCAUAUUAACAUAAAAUUUUAAGUUGAUUAACCUAAAACUUUUUUUUUUUUACUGUGAACUACAAUUAUAUGAAAGAAGAAAGAAUGAUUAAAAACAGUUUGUGCUUCGGAAGAUAUUAUUGCUGUGUAUGUUUUAAACAAGCUGCUAUUGUUAUUUGUUACACUUAACAGGCCCAUAGCCAGGGAGGGUUCGGGUGGUUUGAAAGACCCCCCAUUGACAAAGGUCCAGAAUUUGUCCCAUACUGUACAUGAGUUCAUCCUAUUUUGUCAUAUUUUGACUGCUGUGCCAUCAUAAAUUGUAAAAAUAACUCAUUAAAGAAGACCAAGUGGAAUCUGA